AUGGGUUCAGCGACGAACGAAAUGUGUGAUGACGAGCCCCUUCCUCCUGGAGUUCUUGCCGACGAUGACGACGCAGCUCCUCCGGGCGUGUCGGCGAGUCCACCUCAGAUCGCGGACGAAAAUUCCCAGUACAGCUUGACGGAUUCGCUUUCCGAGCCCGAUAGCGACGGACCCCCGGGGGCAUGGGACAACGACGCUCCCCCGGGAGUCGAAGAUGCGUACCCGCCACCACCUCCACCUCCCCCACCACCGAAAGUCUACAUACCCGACGAGGAGAUGAUGGAAAAGCUGACAUAUGCGCGAGUCAAAGUGGAAUUCAUCGACAUCAUGAAGCAAAUGCCCUUUCCGAAGGAGGCUUACGAGGCUCUCGCAGCGUCUCCAUCGCCCAAUCUCCUGUUCCGCGAGCUCAUAAAGAAGGGAUUGGUCCCAAUGCCACCAUCGGACGCCCUGGCGGAUCUUCCGCCACUGGAGAUGUUCGACGAUCUGGAGGGCAGUAUCUACCGCGAGGGUAUAUCAUCACUUGUUCGGCAUCUGUUGCCGUUUUGCGAGGAAGACAUUUCGUACCUCACGAAGGUACCGCCGAAUGCAGUACCGCUGAGCGAAAUCGCUAGCCAAGUGUUUGGGAUCAAGAAAGAGACCCCCCGAUAUCAGAUUCGGAUACCGUCUCCGGAAUAUCAGCCACCGCCGAUCGAAGAGCGUGUACCGACGCCGCCACCCCCGCCUGAACCUAUUCCAGAAUCACGAUUCAGGGUCAAGAAACUUCUGGAACAGAAGCGAUUGGAACUGGCCAGGAGGAAAGCGCAAAUGAAGAUGACCCCUAGCCAGCUCCUCAAUUUAAAGAACAGUCUCCGGAAGCAGGAGAAAGAAGAAUUGAUCUUACCCACAGAAUGCGAAGCCAAAUUGGAUGAAAGCUCUCAAGAAAGCGAGACUGCAUUGAGUAGUCGGAGUCUGGACAGCGGAGUCACAUCUCCGGACAUGAAAGAGCGCAGAAGUCGCCACGGCUUCGCUCCGAAAAGGAGUGCAACACCCCCAAGACGACCUAUGAGAUCGCCACCACCCAUGAACACUAAGGACAGAAGCUCCAGCUCGGAAAGUUCGUCUGGAGGUAAAUCCGCUCAGAAGGGUCCACGAGACAAAAUCGUAAUGGACAAACCCAUCGUUGAGGCCAAGGAGAACGGGUCUUUAGGUUCAUUUUCUAUGAAGAUCAAUCAAGUGAGCAAAGGUGGAAUGAAGGACACUCUGAGGAAGCUCUCGUUCGGAACAGAAGAGGAGGAGGACAUCGAGAGGAUUGAGCGUGAGAAGAGAGAAAACGAGGAGAAGAAGCGCAAGGCUGCUGAGGAAGAAGCUGAGCUUGCUCGGAUCAAGAGAGAGAAAAGAGAGGCUCGAGAUAAAUCCAAGGGGAGCAAAAAACCCAAGAGAGAGCGAGAGGAUACGAGCCCGGUCAAAUCUCAGGAGCGUAAAUUUCAUCCCAUCAAAAAGGAGGAAGUGCAGGUCAGGGUUCGACCUCUGGUCCCGGAAACGGCAUCCGUUAGUCCCACGCCUCCGGAAGUCACGGAAUUCUCGAGACCCGCGAAAAUGCCUAAAUUCGAAGCAGCUCCAGUGCAAUCACCUCCGAAAGAUGCGUCUCUCGACGACCCGGAAGCCGAAGAGGAAAAAAGACUGCUCGAGCAGAUGCUCAAAGCUCAGGCCGAACUAGAGAAGCUGAAACAACGUCGCCUCCAGCAACUGCAAUGCAAGGCUGCGACUCCAAAUGAGCCCGUGUCCUCCUCACAAGAGAAACCCGCCGAAAUGGAAACGAACGCACAAACAGCACAAGAAGUGAAAACAGAAGCAACGAAAGUGAGCCACCAACAGGAGAGCUCAGUGUCUAAGGUGGAGAAGGAGGAGAAAAAGUCCGGCAAAAAAGCUAAGAAGAAGGACAAAAAGUCAAAGAAGAAACAUAAGAAGGAAAAAGAUGAGAAUCGACCUAAACCUCGGAAACCGUCAGCUGAGGCUACCGCAGCGGUUGCGAAACUGCCCGAACUUGAUCUGGCGGCCUUCCGUGACGACGAACUGGAUCACAUAACUGACCGAACCUUCAAGCGACAUCUGCGAGUGCCACUCUGCGGGAUACGCUACACCUUGACGGAACCAUCUCUCAAAUUCUCGGCCAAUCUCCGGCACUUGGUUGAACUGACGCAAAUUGUUGAUCGGGAGCGACCCGUUCAGUCAUAUGUUUCUCAUCGGCUCAUUGAGAACGAAGUCGAACCGAUGGAUGAUGAAGCCGAAAUGGAAGUCAGUCCCGUCAAGACCCACAACCUUAUCCAGAUAAACACGAUCGAAGGCCCCAUUCCCUAUCCGGAAGAAAACUUCAAAAAUACUCUCGAGGACUACUCUGUCAAUUAUCAGGGUAACCUCCUCGAAGUGCCGAUCGUUUGCGCUGCCGAAUCCACAUCGUCCGGCAACAGUCCACCCACGAUUCCGACAUUCACGUCGAACGCACCGCAGGAACAAGAUUCGCCCGAGUCGACGACCGGACCUCCGAAGCCGUGCCUCUCCAAAACCCGACGCUCGAAUCAACCGAAGUCGGUAUCUUUCUUCGAUGGAACAGCGCCGGAGAAAGAUCCCCUGGCGCUCUCCCCACCUCCUCCGAGCCAGCUGUUGGCUGAGCGACGAAAGAAUCGUCAGCGUGUAUCGCUUCUCCCACCCGCCGCGGCGGUAAAUGCUCACGUUCUAACUCGCCAAAACCUUCCCCCGCCACCGCCGCCCGUUGGCGACGCUCCCGUCCUCUACGCGCUGGAUCCAAUCAACAAACAGGUCUACGAGAUAUUGCAUCCCGGUAACGGGAUAGCCAUAACUCCGGGAGGAGUGCGCAGUCUAGAUGCCCAAAAAUACAUCUACGGGGAAGUGGUUCACACAAACGAGACGGUUCUAGUAGAAAACUUCCUCCAUCUUGUCUACAAGUUCCCUUAUUUGAUUAAUGGCGAAUCCGAAUAG